GGAAAGUAAUAAUAAAUAAAUAACUAUAAUGGGCUGCAACGGAUCAAACGCCAAACUUAACAAGAACAAGAAGAUGACUGACAAGAAGAGCAUGAGUAAUACUAAGAAUGCUCCAAAGGGAACCAUGAAUGAGGCUCCUAAAGUAGCAACUUCUCCAGAGGCCAAGACUGACCAAAGAGUCACUGAGGUCAAAAAGGAAGAAAAGAGGGAAGAAGUCACCACUCCACCAACAGCAGUUGAAAAGAAAAAUGGUGAACCAGCCGCUGAUCAGGCCAAAGCUUCCCAGAAAGAAAAGGAAGCCCUCCAUGAGGACAUUAGCGAUGCAGAUAGUGAUAACUCAGAUGAAGAAUCCAGUGACGAGGAGUCUGAAGACGCUUCUGAAGUUAGUGACACCGAAUCUGAAGAGGAGAGUGUCGAAGAUUCUAGAGAAGACUAAAUUCUUCUACCCCUAAUUUCCUAGGACAAUAAGUCCGGCUUAGGAAAGCUAAUUAUUCAAUAAUAAACCCCUU